UGGUAGAGCACUAGCUGUGAGCAAAAAGCUGAGCAAGAGCCAGAGGUUCUGAGUUCAAGUUCUGGCUCUGGCUGUCCAAGUGAUGACUGCAAUUCUGCCUCUUUCUGGCCCUGAGGCUUAGUUGGCGGGGUGAUGAUCAGAGCCCUCAUAGGGAGGGGAGGAAGGGCUCAUGUGUGGGCCUUGCCUGGAUUAGCCUUCCUCUUGUUCGGUUAGCAACUUCCAUCUUGGUGAGUGAGCUAGGAGGUGAGAGGUAUGCAGUCCUUGCACAAGUUAAGUUUCCAGCACAUUGGCUCCCAUGACUGACACUGAUAAAGGCCUACACAAUGAAUUCUGUGUCCCAGGAUGGGCUUGAACUCCUCUAAUGCGUUCACUACCUCUUCAAAGAGGCUCCCUGCUGUCUGCUAACCCUAUCUCAACUGCUUUGGUUAAUGGGGAAGAAAGAGGCACAGAGACAACCAGUACGUGAGCCCAGGGCACACAGCAGUUUUCAGUCAGCAUUCAGGUAGAAACCCAGCAUUCUGCCUCUUGGUUUUCUCACUGUUGUAGUCUGCCUGGGGCCGGCCUGUCUGGAGGGGCAUAGCGCCCUAGCCUGGGGGACUUAACAGACUGAUGUAGGAGGCGGGCAGUGGUACAGCUGUCACCAGCUUGAAUGACAGGAGCUGGAAUGGAGGGAAUGCAGGCGUCCAGAGAACUCUCUCAGGGAGAAAGGAGGUGUUUGGUGUGGGCAUGCACACUGCUCUCCCCUUCCUCAGCUCCUACCCCAGGCCACCCAGUUGUGGGAGCAGACAGGGAAGGGGCUGGAACACGACACUCAGGCACUGUGGAUGGCAGCCUGGGGUGAGGAAGAAUCCCCUCCACAGGGCUGAGAGAUUGGCAGUGCCAGGUGGGCCAGUGUCCGCCUCAGCAGGAGAGGACAGCAGGGUGGGAGCCGGGGCCCGGAUUGUCUUUUAGCGUAAGCUGCAGCUGUAAGAGAGAAACAGCUGGGAUCCAUCGCAACCAGCUACUCUCUUCAGCCAGCUGGUCUCAAAUGUCAUCUUCUAGCAUGGACUUGGUGGUGGGCAGGUCGCUACUGACAACUUUUCCUCCCACUUACUGGUAUAAGCCACCUUGUCACUAGAGGCUGCGACCUCCAGGGUGAGGAUGAGCCAUGAGAGACAUGGUGACACAGGAUAGGUGGCGAGGAGGGAAGUAGGAAGUCUGGAGAAGGCACCACAGUCAGCCGGGACAAGCAGGGUGCCAUGGGUGCUCAGUGCCCCACGGGCACCAGGCUAUCCCAGUUCCCCUCUCCUGCUCUGGCCCACAGGGCGCGGAUGGCGUCGGGGCGGCCGGAGGAGCUGUGGGAGGCUGUGGUGGGGGCUGCCGAGCGCUUCCGAGCCCGGACUGGCACAGAGCUGGUGCUGCUGACAGCCGCGCCCCCUCCACCCCCCCGCCCGGGGCCCUGCACCUACACUGCCCAUGGCCGCGGAGCCCUGGCCGAGGCUGCCCGCCGCUGCCUCCAUGACAUCGCACAGGCCCACAAGGCGGCCGCUGCAGCCCGGCCCCCUGGACCCCCACCCGCCCCACAGCCACCCAGUCCUGUUCCCAGCCCACCCCGGCCAGCCCUGGCCCGAGAGGAGGAGGAGGAAGAUGAGGAUGAGCCCACAGAGACGGAGACCUCUGGAGACCGGCUGGGCGGCAGUGAUAAUGGAGGGCUCUUCGUGAUGGACGAGGACGCCACCCUCCAGGACCUGCCUCCCUUCUGUGAGUCAGACCCCGAGAGCACAGAUGAUGGCAGCCUGAGUGAAGAGACUCCAGCCGGCUCUACCACCUACUCGGUGCCCCCUGCCUCCGCACUGCCCACCCAGCAGUAUGCCAAGUCCUUGCCCGUGUCUGUGCCUGUCUGGGCCUUCAAGGAGAAGAGGGCAGAGGCACGGUCCUCGGAUGAAGAGAAUGGGCCGCCUUCCUCGCCCGACCUGGACCGCAUCGCGGCCAGCAUGCGCGCACUGGUGCUGCGGGAGGCCGAGGACACCCAGGUCUUCGGGGACCUGCCUCGGCCGCGUCUCAACACCAGCGACUUCCAGAAGCUGAAGCGGAAGUACUGAGGCCCCAGGAGCAAGGCUCCGGGCCAUGGCCGCCCGCCUCACACUACGCCCCCGCCCCGCCCCCGGGGCUGGCCAAUCGGAGAGGGGUCCUGGCCCGGCCUUGGGGGGGGCCCAGCCAAUCCCCAACUCCCUUCCGGCCCGCCGCCUCCGCAUGAGGGGGCCCGGACUGUCCCGUUUCCUGAUUGGUCCGUUGGCCUUUUUUCUGCCCAGCGACAGUCUCUUUCCUCGGUGGGAUUGGCUCGUUCCCCGGGGGCGUGGCUAGUACUGAGCCGCUGUCGUUCUUUCAAGCCACGGAGUUUUGAGUCGCGCGACUGCUGCUCCGGGCCCGAAAGCGCCCGGCCGAGCCCCAGGAUUGGCUAGUGGUGUCCACGGCCUGGUGACUGGGCAGCUCUUCCAAGCGACCGGCUCCGAUCAGCCGCGCGGAGGCGUGGCCGAGCACCCCUGCCGAGCCCCGAAUUUACACUACUGGGCCGGGUCUUUUUUUUUGCCCGUCCUCACAAUUGUACCCCUACUUCUCAGGGAUGGCCCAGUCCUGUCCCUGCGUGUCACCGGCCCGUCCCACAACAGCCUGCCAAACAAUCUCUCUCGUCCUUGCGUUCAGGACGGUACCAGCUCUCGCCCCUUUCCCCCCACCCCCACAGGUGCCUUAAAGGGCCCUCGUCCACCCUAGGUGGGGGGCAGGGGCUUCACUCUCCUGCCCUGGCGUGGGGAAGAGAGUGGGGUGGGAUUCGGGAGUUGGGAGGGGCGCUCUGAGAUUAAA